AUGGAUCCGUUUACAAGCGCUGUGACAGUCCUCGCGGCUGUUGGAAUGGCUAUCAAGGUGAGCAAGCAAACUUUCAAUAUGGUCAACGGUGCCCGACAAGCGCCUCCGCAAAUUCGAAGGCUCGCCAUCGAACUUCAAAGCCUCUAUACUUUGCUUGCAACUUUGCAGUCACUCAUUGCAAGGAAUCGAGAACAACACGACAGUAUCAUUGUGGACAUGCUGGAUAACCUGGGAUCAUUGAUACGCAAUUGUUUGGAGGUCUUCAAAGAUAUUCAGAGAACCCUCAUGCCUUUCAUGAAGACUGACGGAAAGGCGAGCAUUGGUCUUUGGCAAGCUUUCACCUACAGCGUUUUCAGCCGGAAUGACGUUAAGGCCCUCCAACAGACUCUCGAAUCCUACAAGGCGAUGCUACAUAUGAGUUGCACAGCCCUUAGUGUUAUCUAUACAUCAACCACAAACAAUCUUGCGAAUAACAUCGACCAGACCACAUUUAACAUGCAUGUGCGACUACAGGAAAUUCACCAUGCAGUCAAACGGCUUGAACGGCAAUUUGAUGCUAGAGAUCGAGAAGAAUACGCUCAGGACCAGGCAUUAGAGUCCUCGCGAUCGCAAGUAGAAACAUCAUCUACAGGUCAGCAAGGCAAUGGGAUCUGUCAUAGGUUGAGUAUUGUAGGGUACAAUGCUCUGCUUCGCGAAUCGCUACGUAGCUUUGAGUCAAUCAUAUCGUCUCCUAGGCUGUCACGAAUACAGGGCAUAGCUAUUGCAAAGGGCUUAGAGAUCAGCGUCGACGCUUAUAAGGAUAAAAAGUCUGCUGACCGUGCGAUGAGGCUACCCGACGCGGCAAAGAUACCUCCCUCAUCAGCUGUGGGACGAAUGAAUCGAAGUCUCGAAAAGGUCUACAUGGAGGACGUGGGAUACUUUGACAUGGUAUCGAAGAGUACUCAAGAUUCUGAGAUUUCCGUCCCAACAUUUACCGACGAGCCCUGUAUACAGGCUCCUGAAGCCAAGGAUGCAUCGUAUCCCUUGCCAGAACAAUCGUCAUGGUCUGCAUCAACAGUCGAUGAUCAGGAUUCCCCCACCUCAUCCGCUCCUGCCCUAAUCGAAGAAGAAUUUCACCUGCCGACUCCCGAUUCGAAGAUUGAAUGGUCGCACGAGCAAAUACAAAUCUUCAAAUCAAAACUUGGUGAUUGGGACUGCUGCUCAGUAGAAGAAUUCGGAGCUAUCUUGCACCAAGAGACCGCUCUCGCUGCCUUGUGUAAAGCUUUUUGGGAAGACUAUCAAUGGAAACCUAACACAGAGAGGCAAGGGACAACACAAAAUAAACUGUUGGAAGGAGCCGAGAUCGCGAAACAAUUUUUAGACUCGCCUGCAAGAAAUUUAGUACCAAAGACGCACAUAUGCACAAAAGGAGUGAAGUGCCACAAACAUAUGAAGCACAAGGCGAAGACAGUCAAACUUGGAGAAGCAUCCACAGAUAUGAGGUCGGACAUGGCGACCGUUGGCAUUGACGAUGGUAGGUUUGCUCCAUUCAAUCUAGCUUUUCCUGAACCUAAUGCUAUGAUCCCAGUGACAGCUGCUGGUCCGACACCGCUGACCCAGCGCAAUCUUUCGGCCUUCAACAAGCAGGCUCUGACUUUGAUAGCCGGGGCACUGCCAGUCGAGGGCGAACGAUGA